AUGUCCGGCCCACCCCCACCCAGAGGCCCUAGCGAUGGACCUCGUCCAGACAUUGGCGACACCCUGAUUGUUAUCCAUGACUUCCAUGCUCGUAGCUCGGAUGAGCUUAGUCUCGGCAAAGGCGAUAGAGUUGAGCUGAUUGAGCGCGACGACGAAUUUGGUGAUGGCUGGUUUCUCGGGCGUCACCUCCUCAAUGGUAACACAGGUCUCUUUCCCGAAGUGUACACGCGACCAGCUCCAAGGAAUAUUCCCGGACCCUCGCCCGCCACACCCAGCGAAGUGCUGGCCCCGUCCAUUACAACUGCUAGUGUUCCGACGACGACUCCUUCACGGACGACCAAUGCCGAUGAUACGCCUGCGCCUUCGAAUACCACAGAAGCAGAUGUAUCGUCUGUGUCGCUCUCAAUUCCCAUCUUAUCCGAAGUUUCGCUCGCUCAGAGUGCACCAAGUCAAACAGGCGCUGCCUCCCCUGCCGUCGCUCUUCCUCAGCAGACACCCGGCCACGACAGCCGCGUCCUCAGCGAAACUCUUAAUGUAAUUGAUGAGCAUAUCACGCGCCUUAGAUCUCCUCUCAGUACUGGUAGUAACUUGCGAAAUCAUGGAAAUGACUCGAGCUCCGAAUACAGCGUUCCACUCGACCAUCGCAUGUCUUAUAUCCGUGGUGAGGAAACAGAUGAAGAGGAGGACCUAUCUCACACGAAGCAAGAGGUGCAAGGCUGGCCUGCUGAUCGAGUUGCUGAGUAUCUCUUAGAGGCUGGUGUCGAAAAGCAACACUGCGAAGUCUUCCGUGACCAAGAGAUUAGCGGCGAAGUCUUAUUGGGCAUGGAUCAAAGCUCCCUUUUCAUAAAGGCAUUUGAUCUCGGCUCUGUUGGUCGCAGGCUCAAGACUUGGCAUAAGAUCAAGGCCCUUCAGGAUGAGGUCGCUAACAACGACGCUGGCGUCAAGAGAAGUACACAAUAUGGUAGCGAUGCGGGCUCUGAAGCAACCAGAAACCGGAGAAGUCGCACUAAUACAAUUACGACAAGCGGUUCCAACAGGCCCUCCUCAGUCUCAACUAGACAUCUCUCUCAGGCUCCCAAGGCUUCUCCUACUACCCAGGUCACGCCUGCGUCACCGCAAAAGAUGGUUGAAAGCCGACCAGGUCAUGCAAAGCGACCGUCAGCCGCCUCAAUCCGAGAACUGCACCACUCAAGACGACACUCUUCGACCGACUUUCGUAUCGCAUCCCCUGUCCUUCCUUCUCCGUCUCUGCAACCUCGGUCUCCCGUCGACGGUCACAGGAAGCAGCCAUCAUUCGAUCGUAACUGGACGCUUGGCAAUGCAUUUGGGCAGCCCGGAGUUCGUCCGCUCUCAUCUGCCGGUCUACAGGAUUUGGAACCGUCCGAGAAGGAUCAGGACUCCGCUGUCGACCUCGACAGAGGAUAUUUCUCUGGCACCGAGGCCGAGGGAAGACGCCGAAACGUACUUAAGAAGCGUGAGAGCCUCGCUCACUCUCGACAGUCCAGUUACGCGGAGGAACAGCGAGUUCGUAGCGCUACUGCGCUCUCCAGACACUCUCGAUUCGGAAGUGUUGAUUCGUUUCGUGAUGCGCCGUCUACUGCUGCUCAUAAGUACUAUGGUAUCCAGCCGUCUGCCCAUGGCAGAAGCGCGUCGACAAACACUACCGAAUCGAUACGCCCUCUGCCUCCUUUGAAAGAUAAUAUCCCUCCACCCGUUACAAAACUGGACUCAAAACGUGCGCAGCCCGCACCGAAGCAGCAGGGAUUCAAUUCGGACUGGUUGUCGAAUGUCGUCAGCCGCCCAGGUCAAAAACAAGGCCGCAGCGGCAUGCGCGCCAUUUCCGAAAAGUUCAACUUAGAGCGCCGUGUGUCGCCAUCCGACUCUUCCCCGAAGGAUAGCGCGUCAUUUUCGCCAGCCACUGGGCAGAGCACUCCUUCCGUAGCGCAGAGCCUGGAGGCUGACUCGCCUGUCUCCAGUCAGAACAGUGCCGCCACAGCCCCUAUCAAGGGAAAAAAGAAGGGCAAGAAGGGCACGAGCGCGUACACUCGGGGAUUACUGAAAAUUGGCCCUGUAGAGGCUAAACAGGGUGCAGAAUACUUUGGGUGGAUGAAGAAGAAGAGCUCGCAUCUCAUGACCAACUGGAAGCCACGAUUUUUCGUUUUGAAGGGUCGUCGCCUAUCAUACUACUAUUCCGAAGACGACACGGAAGAAAAAGGCCUAAUCGACAUCUCGUUCCACCGCGUGCUGCCCGCCGACAACGACCGACUCACUGGGCUCCACGCCACCAUUGCCAAUGCUGUCGGUGGGCCGUCGAUUCCCAACUCGUCACUCUCGCCGGACGUAGAAAAAUCCAACGAGCCCGACUUCAUCUUCAAGCUAGUGCCGCCGCGCGCGGGCCUUUCGCGGGCCGUCAAUUUUACCAAGCCGAUGGUGCACUACUUUGCGGUGCCGAACGUCGCGCAGGGCCGGCUCUGGAUGGCCGCCUUGAUGAAGGCCACGAUUGACCGCGACGACGCGGCGCCCGUCACUACGACGUACCAACAAAAGACGAUUUCACUCAACAAGGCGAAGCAGAUGCGGCACCGCCCUCCCGCGCUCAUGAACCUCGAUGAAAUGGCCGACGAGGAGCAGAAGGCGGAGAGCAGCAGCAACGGCGGCGGCGGCCCGAACGGGACAAAUAGCCUCGGCAUCUUUGCGGAGACGGACAGCGGUGUAUCGGGCUUGGAUAAGGCCAAGCCCAAUGGCGUCUCGGUGGAGACCAAAGUCGGUGACCCCGGCGCCGUCGUCGUCCCGCAGAGCGCAUAG